AUGAGUAGUGAACAUUCUUCGGGGAGCAAGUUAUUCUUCAAGAACUUCACGUCACUGGUUGUUAAAGACCAAUCGCUUCCAGGAAGCGGUAACUCUGAAAUAAUUUUCAUUUCAAUAAACAAUACUGGGACAAGACUAGUCAAUUCGAGAACAGACAAAUCAAUAAGGAUUUGGAAAUGUACACCAGACAGGUUAACUGAGCCAAUUAUCAUAGAGAAUGCGCAUAUAAAAUCUGUUGAGAGUAUAUCCUGGCAUCCAAGAACUGAAUAUACAUUCGCAUCAGUUGGUAGAGAUGAAUACGUACGAAUAUGGAAGGGAAUAAAUGGCACCAUGGAAAAAGAGAUAAAAGUAUCUAAAGAGUCAAAUACCCCAGCAGUAUGUCAGAUAGUCAAAUUCUCCAUUGAUGGAGAGAUAUUGUGUGUGGUGGAUAGAGAUUCUACUGUGAGCAUGUUUUCCGUCCUCAAUGACUACGCAAAAGUUCAAGAAACAAAAAUCAAAGAGCAUAUAUAUGAUGCUUUAUGGUUUAACAAGGAUCAUGAUUUUCUCAUGUUUGCUUUACAUGAUGGAAGUGUUCCUCUUUAUAAGGCAGAUGAGAAAAUGCGCUACCAAUUGAAGAAAACAUUUACUGGUCACAGAUCGUCUGCAACGUGUCUAGCAAUUGAUCCUCGGGGAAAGUAUUUUGCUAUAGGCUCCAACGAAGGCGUGGUAUCUAUUUGGAAUACUGCGACCAUGCUAAACUCUAAGGUACUUUCAGAUGUAGAUGCCGCUAUAUCUCACGUCGAUAUUUCAAGAGAUGGCGCAUAUAUUGCUGUCUCCUAUGACUCGCAUUCCAAUGCAAGGAUAUAUGAUGUUACGACGGCAGACCAAGUUUUUGAAGUCCCAAACAGUCUUAGUGGAAAUUCUGUUUUAAGCUUUAUUACGUGGUUUCCUAAUAAGACUGCAUUUAUAUACUCAAGUGAUUAUGGAAGAACUAUGACUCUAAUGAAAAAACUUGAUAAAUCAUGA